AUUCAGCAUAAGAAUUUCCAUUUCCAUUUGGAAAAUACAAAUUCAGAAUCUCUAGUUCAGUUAAUUAGCUCUCUCGCUCUCUCUCUCUCUCUCUCUCUCUCUCUCUCUGCUUCUUCUUAGUUCCUCUCUUUGUUCCACUGAAUUAAACCCGAGUAGAGAAGAGACGAGAAGAUGGUGUCUCCGAAAGUGGUGAAUACAUACCCGUUGUCGAGCUACACAUUCGGUACCAAAGAGCCCAAAAUGGAGAAGGACACUUCCGUCGCGGAUCGUCUCGCUCGUAUGAAAGUCAAUUAUAUGAAAGAAGGAAUGAGGACCAGCGUGGAAGGAAUUUUACUGGUACAAGAACACAAUCAUCCUCAUAUACUUCUUCUGCAAAUUGGGAACACAUUCUGCAAACUUCCAGGUGGUCGUCUCAAGCCUGGAGAGAAUGAAACUGAGGGCUUGAAGAGAAAGUUGACUAGCAAGCUUGGUGCUAAUUCAUCAGCUCUUGUGCCUGAUUGGGAGAUAGGUGAGUGUGUUGCAAUCUGGUGGAGGCCAAAUUUUGAAACCAUAAUGUAUCCAUACUGCCCUCCUCAUAUAACAAAACCCAAGGAGUGCAAGAAGCUUUUUCUCGUUCACUUAUCAGAGAGGGAAUACUUUGCAGUGCCCAAAAACUUAAAACUGCUUGCUGUUCCAUUGUUUGAACUCUAUGACAAUGUUCAGAGAUACGGGCCAGUUAUAUCCACCAUCCCUCAGCAACUUUCCCGAUUCCAGUUUAAAAUGAUCACUAAUUGAACGUACAUUAGAAGCUUACAUGCUGAUCAAUUUCUACUUUCAUUUGUUAUUUUCAUAACUAGGAUUGCGUUAUUACAUUAUUAUUGCAUAGACUGGCUAGACAACUGAGUUGCUGAAUAGAGUAGAAAUUUUAUGACCUGGUUUGUCUUGUAUUUGUUAAUUGUGCACUAUGGGUUGAUGUAUCAACCCAAGAUGGGAAUCAACUCUUCGGCUAUACCUGAAGCCCAAGUGGAAAUCAAUGUCAUAGAAAGGGUCUUAAUCCCAUGUCUGUUGCCUCUCCCCUGCACGGGUGAAAGGAAGUGGCAAAAGUUAUACAUUUGAAAUUAUAGCAUAACCCUCCCGUGGCAAAAUGUAUGAAACAAGCCAAGUUCAAAAAUUUAAAAUGUUCCGUUGCAUAGCAAAUGCACCUUUAGUAUAGGUGCUUGUUACGAUCUUCCUAAAUUUGAAUGGACAUUGUAUAUUUUCUUUAAAUUAAGAGUUAUGAUUUUUU